UCUCUGUUGGAGACCCAACCCAGCCCAGUCCGGCCCGGCCUGGACCGCACUAUGGAGGAGGAGGAGGCGUCCCCGGCCCCGUGCUACUCUAUAAUCCUCCUCCUGGCGGCGGUAGCUGUGGCAGAGGCCGCGGUGGGGCCGGUACCUGGCACUUCGGGUGCCUUAUGUUGUUAUCAUGCAAAAGAUAACCUAAUGUGUCGUGAUGUUUGUGAACAGAUUUUAUCCUCAAAAAGUGAAUCCCGUCUAAGACACCUUUUACAGAGAGCACCAGGCUAUUGUCCAGAAUCAAUGGUUGAUGUUUGGAAUUGUAUGAACUCUUCUUUACCAGGUGUUUUUAAGAAGUCUGAUGGCUGGGUUGGCUUAGGCUGUUGUGAACUGGCUAUUGUUUUGGAAUGUCGACAGGCAUGCAAACAGGCUUCUUCCAAGAAUGAUAUUUCCAAAGUUUGCAGAAAAGAGUAUGAGGAAGUCUGCCAAUAUGUGUUGAUGGAGGACGGGAGAGGAAAGAAUGCCCUUUUCAGUUGCAUUAGCCGAAAUGAAAUGGGCUCAGUUUGUUGUAGUUAUGCUGGUCAUCACACAAACUGCCGGGAAUAUUGUCAAGCCAUUUUUCGAACAGACUCUUCUCCUGGACCAUCUCAGAUCAAAGCAGUUGAAAGUUACUGUGCUUCCAUUAGUCCACAGUUAAUACACUGUGUGAACAACUAUACCCAGUCUUAUCCAAUGAGGAAUCCAACAGAUAGUUUAUAUUGCUGUGACAGAGCUGAAGACUUUGCCUGCCAAAAUGCUUGCAAGAGAAUUCUCAUGUCAAUGAAGACAGAACUUGAAAUUGUUGAUGGACUCAUCGAAGGUUGUAAAACAAUGCCUCUGCCACAGGAUCCACUCUGGCAGUGUUUUCUUGAAAGUUCAAGGUCUGUUCACCCUGGUGUCACUGUAUAUCCACCUCCUUCAACAGGCCUUGAUGGAGCCAAAUUACAUUGCUGUUCUAAAGCAAAUACUUCCACAUGUAGGGAACUGUGCACCAAGCUGUAUAGUAUGAGCUGGGGCAAUACACAAAGCUGGCAAGAGUUUGAUCGAUUUUGUGAAUAUAAUCCAGUAGAAGUUUCCAUGCUGACCUGUUUAGCAGAUGUUCGAGAGCCUUGUCAGCUAGGCUGUAGAAAUCUUUCUUACUGCACUAAUUUUAACAACAGGCCAACAGAACUUUUUAGAAGCUGUAAUGCUCAGUCAGACCAAGGGGCAAUGAAUGACAUGAAGCUAUGGGAAAAAGGAAGCAUAAAAAUGCCAUUUAUAAACAUACCUGUUCUGGACAUUAAAAAAUGUCAGCCUGAAAUGUGGAAAGCAAUUGCUUGCUCCCUGCAGAUUAAACCUUGCCAUAGUAAAUCCAGAGGAAGCAUUAUUUGCAAAUCUGAUUGUAUAGAGAUUCUUAAGAAAUGUGGAGAUCAAAAUAAGUUUCCUGAAGACCACACAGCUGAAAGCAUUUGUGAGCUUCUGUCUCCUACAGAUGACUUGGAGAACUGUAUACCUUUAGAUACGUAUCUUAGGCCAAGUUCCUUAGACAGCAUUGUAGAAGAUGUUACUCAUCCCUGUAAUCCAAAUCCUUGUUCUGCUAAUGAAUUAUGUGAAGUGAAUCGAAAAGGAUGUCAGUCUGGUGAUCCAUGUCUUCCUUAUUUUUGUGUUCAAGGUUGCAAAUUAGGAGAAGCUUCUGAUUUCAUUGUCCGGCAAGGAACACUUAUCCAGGUACCAUCAUCUUCAGGAGAAGUUGGUUGUUAUAAAAUUUGUACUUGUGGACAAAGUGGACUGUUAGAAAACUGUAUGGAAAUGCACUGUAUAGACCUGCAGAAGUCUUGUAUUGUUGGAGGGAAAAGAAAAAGCCAUGGAACAUCUUUUAACAUAGAUUGCAAUGUAUGUUCCUGCUUUGCUGGCAACUUGAUAUGCUCUACCCGCAUGUGCCUAAAUGAACACAGCUCAGAAGAUGAUCAUCACACAUUUACAGGUCUACCAUGCAACUGUGCAGAUCAGUUUGUCCCUGUGUGUGGGCAGAAUGGACGCACUUAUCCAAGUGCAUGCAUUGCACGAUGUGUUGGUCUUCAGGACCAUCAAUUUGAAUUUGGAUCAUGUGUCUCAAAGGAUCCAUGUAAUCCUAAUCCCUGUCAAAAAUCUCAAAGAUGCAUACCAAAACCUCAAGUUUGCCUGACCACUUUUGAUAAAUUUGGGUGUAACCAAUAUGAAUGUGUGCCUCGACAACUCAGCUGUGAUCAGAUUCGGGAUCCUGUUUGUGAUACAGACAAUGUUGAACAUAACAACCUCUGCACUUUAUACCAAAGAGGAAAAAAUGUGUCUUACAAAGGCCCAUGCCAGCCCUUCUGUAAAUCAGCAAAACCUGUUUGUGGACACAAUGGUGAAACCUACAGUAAUGUGUGUGCUGCCUACUCUGAUCGGGUAGCUGUGGACUACUCUGGCCCCUGUCAGGCUGUAGGAGCUCUCUCAGAAUACAGCUCUUUCACGGAGUGUGCUGCAGUCAAAUGUCCUCCUCUCCCAGCAACUGGAUGCAAACCACUCAUCUCACCUGGUGCAUGUUGCCCAUUGUGUGCAGGGAUGUUAAGAAUUUUAUUUGACAAGGAAAAGUUGGAUACAAUUGCUAAGGUAACAACCAAAAAACCCAUAACUGUUCUAGAAAUACUUGAGAAAAUUCGCUUACACAUUUCAGUUCCGCAGUGUGAUGUAUUUGGCUACUUAAGCAUUGAAUCAGAAAUAGUGAUUCUGAUCAUACCUGUCGAUCAUUAUCCAAAAGCAUUACAGAUUGAGGCUUGUAAUAAAGAAGCAGAAAAGAUUGAGUCACUGAUCAAUUCUGAUAGCCCAACUCUGGCAUCACAUGUUCCACUUUCAGCACUUAUCAUCUCCCGGGUGCAAGUUUCGAGUAGCCUUCCAUCUGCUAGCACAAAAACUCUGCCUCUCUAUGGUUUCUUUUUCUUCACCAUUGAACUUGCCUUAUUAGUUUUGCAUGGCACAUAACUGCUUACAAAACGUGCAAAACAAAUUGUCUAUGAAAUGUUUAUUGUGAAAGACAUUCAGGACUGAUCGUCUUUAUUAUGGCAAUCACCAAGUAAAAGCACAUGUCACU